AUGACAAUAGUUCUCUUUCUGCUUGUUAGUCUAUGUGUACAUUGCUAUGACGUUGAUGGAGGUAAAAUAUACCAACCAAAUCAACAGCAAAUUCAUAGAUUACAUGACUACCAAAGCAUCCAACCUUCAAUAGAUGAUAAUUUUGAUUGUGUUGAUAUCUACAAGCAACCUGCUUUUCAACACCUUUUACUCAAAAAUCACAAAAUUCAGCUUUUCCCAACUUUUAUGAGGACUACCAUGCAAAAUAGAUCUUCUAUUAAAGAUAAACAUUUCAUCAAAGGAUGUCGUUCGGGAAGAGUGCCUAUUUUCAAGACCACAAGGAGACAGAAGAUGACUAGUCAAACAUCUUCAAAAUCACAACUUGAUGAUUUUAAUCAAUAUUCUCAAGGUUACCCUAGACAUCAUGUAAGUUUGUUUAAUUAA